UGACGACUAUUGAUACUUACCUUGAAACCACGGCCCCACAGGUGCGCUCCGGCUCUUCCCAGGACAACAAGACGAAACUGCCCGAUCUAAUGCAGCUCUUCGACGGCCGCGCAGCCGUGUGAUCCUUAAACGUUGUUCUGCGUACGACAAGACAGUCGACAGCCAGAAAUGUCGUCGUCCUACAGGCCGCACCCGCUGCGGCAGACGCAGACGGCCGACUAUGUGACCUCGGUCUCCCGACAAUCUUCGACCGCAUCAUCGUCGGCAUCCUCAGCUUACUCCAGCGCCUCCUCUGGCGUCUACGAGUUUAAUCGGUCCUCCGUCUCGUCCUCGCCCUCGAGCACCUACUCCAGCUAUGGACACAAGCGCGGCCAGAGCGAGGUUUCCCGCCGACCUCGUCCGCUUCACUCAUCACAUAGCCACCCCUCCACCCCGACGCCUGAGAACAUCUACCACGCCGCCCGACAGUCGCUAAGGCCGCUGCCCCAGGUCCCCCGACCGACCACACCGCCCCGGGCUCCGGCUCGCCACGACCGGGGCCACAGCGUCGACAUUGGGAAGCUGUCGAUUGCCGACCGUGGCUCGCCAUCGCCAACUCCUCCAACGCCGCCCACCCCUCCCCGCGGCUCACCUACCGUCCGCCCAACGUCGAUCCUCUUAACGCGCUCCGAAUCCAUCCGCCGUGGCAGCGAUCCCCCGGUCCCACCUCACCUUGUGCAUGCGCACACAGCCCCUCUCUCCACGCCGGACCUGGAGAAGCUCGGCCGCUCGUCGACAAACCAGCUGCGCACCUUGUCCAAGCUGGCCCAGUCUGGCUCGGCCGAGGAUUUCGCCAUUACCUCCCCGGCGCAGGAGGUUGUCGGUCUCAGGGGCAGGCGGAGGCUGCAGAGGACCGACCAGGCAGGGAACGGCCGUCCGGCGCAGAGGACAGGCGGCUACGGCUGGGAAGGCAGGAACUGGAUGGAUAAGCAGCGCCAGUUCCUCCAGGCCUACGAAUACCUUUGCCACAUCGGCGAGGCCAAGGAGUGGAUCGAGGACGUUAUUCAGCGCACCAUCCCGCCCAUCGUGGAGCUGGAGGAGGCUUUGAGGGACGGCGUCACCCUUGCGGAGGUGGUCGAAUCGCUCAACCCCCAUCGUCGGUACAAGAUCUUUCGACAUCCGCGACUUCAGUACCGGCACUCGGACAAUAUUGCCAUAUUCUUCCGCUACCUGGAUGAAGUCGAACUUCCCGACCUAUUCCGCUUCGAGCUCAUCGACUUGUACGAGAAAAAGAACAUUCCCAAGGUCAUCCACUGCAUCCACGCGCUGAGCUGGCUGCUUUAUAGGAAAGGCAUUGUCGGCUUCCGGAUCGGCAACCUGGUCGGGCAGCUGGAGUUUGAGCACCAUGAGCUGGAGGCGACACAGAAGGGCCUUGAUAAGCUGGGGGCUAACAUGCCCAGCUUCGGGAACAUGGGUGCAGACUUUGGAGUCGAAGAGCCUCCGGAGCCCGAGGAAACGGAGGAGGAGAGAAUCGACAGAGAAUUGGCCGAGAACGAGGCGAUAGUGGUCGACCUGCAAGCCCAGAUCCGAGGUGCCGUGCUUCGGAUGCAGCUCGGCGAGAUGAUGCAAGAGCUUUGGGAUUCCGAAGACUGGCUUAUUGACCUCCAGGCACGCAUCAGGGGCGAUUUCACGCGCCAGAUUAUGGGUUAUCGACUCCAGAUGAGGCGCUUCGCCGUUGGACUCCAGAGCGCCGUGCGCGGUUUCCUCGUCCGCCGUCGGCAAGCAGGGAGACAGCAGGCUUGGGAGAGAGUCGAAGAUGACAUUCUGAAGCUCCAGAGCCUCCUUCGGGCAAGGAAGGUGCGCAAUCAGGUGCAAGAGCAGCGUUCUCAGUUGAUGGUGGCGGCCGGUCCCAUUCGAGCCAUCCAGGCAACCUUCCGGGGCUUCCUGCUCCGAAAAGCAAUGUGUGCCCAGGAGCAUGCGGUGAAGCAUACGUCUGCCCCGGUCGCUGGACUCCAGGCGGCCGUCCGCGGGCUGCUGCUCCGAAAAAGCCUGGAACAUCAGCAAACGGAAUUGCAGUCGCAAACGGCUGUUAUCACCAGCCUGCAGGCUGCGGCCAGGGCCGCGCUGGCAAGAGACCAGCUUGCCCUGCAAAGAGAAGCGCUCGAGCAACUGGCGCCGAUGUGGAAGACGCUGCAAGCUGCCUGCCGCGGAAAUCUUGCCCGGCGCAACGUUGACGGACUCAAGGCUGAAUUGCAAGAGCACUCGCCCAGCCUGGGCCUUCUUCAGUCGCACAUCAGGGCGGCCGCGGUGCGCAGGGAGAUAUCGGAGAAACUGGAGAGCCUGGUCGAUGCCGAGGACGAGAUCCUGCUUCUCCAAUCUAUAAUCAGGGGAAUGCUGACGCGAAACCGCAUCUCCGAUCUUCUCGAAGCCUUGGACCAGGAAGAAGACUCGAUCAUCCAACUGCAAUCCCGUAUCCGCGGCGCGCUCUACCGGCAGCAGCACCACGACUUCCUCGACGAGCUUGCGGCCAACGAGGAGGAGGUUUCUGGUCUGCAGUCCCUCGCGAGGGCGAUGCUUCUCCGAGAUAGAGUGGCGAGGAUCCUGGACGAGCUCGAGGAGAACGAGGAAUCCAUCGGCGAGCUUCAGGCUGCUGCCAAAGCCUUUAUCGUGCGGGCGAGGUUCGAGGCGAAGAGGCGACAUUACAACGAAAACAUGCAGAAGGUGGUCAAGAUCCAGAGCUUCGUCCGCGCAAAGCUUCAAGGGCAGGCCUACAAGAGUCUGAUAUCCGGCAAGAACCCCCCGGUCAACGCGGUCAAGAACUUUGUGCACCUUCUCAACGACAGCGACUUCGACUUCAACGAAGAAGUCGAGUUUGAGCGGUUGCGCAAGACGGUGGUCCAGCAGGUCCGGCAGAACGAGAUGCUGGAGCAGUACAUUGACCAGCUCGACAUCAAGAUUGCUCUUCUCGUCAAGAACAAGAUCACGCUCGACGAGGUUGUCAGGCACCAGCACAAUUUCGGCGGGCACGCCAGCAACCUCCUGGCCAACAGCACCAUGGCCAGCGUUAACCAAUUCGACCUGAAGGCGCUCAACAAGAGCUCCAGGAGGAAGCUCGAGUCGUACCAGCAGCUGUUCUUCGCCCUCCAGACGCAGCCCCAGUACCUGGCCAGGCUCUUCAGGCGCCUACGUGAGCAAGGGACGGCCGAGAAAGAGUGCAAGCGGAUCGAGCACCUCAUGAUGGGUCUCUUCGGUUACGCACAGAAGCGGAGGGAAGAGUACUACCUGCUGAAGCUGAUCGGGCGGUCCAUUCGCGAAGAAGUCGAGGCGUGCAGCAGCAUUCAGGACUACCUGCGAGGCAAAUUCUUCUGGCCCAGGCUCCUCCACAACUACACCAGGUCCCCCAGAGACAGAAAGUUUCUGAGAGAUCUGCUCGGCCCUCUCAUCAGAGACAACAUCAUCGAAGAUCCCGAGCUCGACCUGGAGAGCGACCCGAUGCAGAUUUACCGGUCCGCCAUCAAUAAGGAGGAGCUGAGGACCGGCCAGCCGAGCACGAGGCCCUUGGACAUCCCGCGUGAGCUCGCAAUCAAAGACCCGGAGACCAAGGCGCUGUUUAUCGAUCACCUGCGCGAUCUCCGCGAGAUCUGCGACCAGUUCCUCGCCGCCCUAGAAGAUCUACUUCCGCGCAUGCCCUACGGUCUCCGAUUCGUUUGCCGGCAGACGUUCGAGGCCCUCUGCCAGCGCUUCCAGGCAGAGCCCCAAGGCCGUCUCUUGCAGAUUGUCACGCACUGGCUCUGGAAGUUCUAUCUCCAGCCCGCGGUCACGACGCCCGAGAACGUGGGCGUCAUGGACAGGCAGCUGAGCCCGCUCCAAAAGCGGAACCUGGGCGAGGUCGCCAAAGUCCUGGGCCAGAUCGCAUCCGGCAGGCAAUUUGGCGGCGAGAACAUCUACCUCCAGCCUCUCAAUGCUUUCGUCGCCGAGUCCAUUGACCGUCUGGGCGAGCUCACCCAGAAUCUCAUCAAUGUGCCCGACGCAGAGAGCACCUUCGACAUCGACGAAUUCAACGACCUGUACGCCAAGAACAAGCCGACCUUGUACAUCAAGAUGAGCGACAUCUUUGCCAUCCACAAUCUCAUCGCCGCCGAGCUGCCGCACUUGAGCCUGAGCAGGGACGACAUGCUACGCGAGAUCAUGCACGACCUCGGCAGCGCGAAGCACAACGAGAGCGAGAUGACCGCGGCAGGCUCAUCGGAUAUACAGAUGUUCCUGACUCCCAAACUUCGCGACCUCGAGGAUCCGGAUGCCGACAUCAAGGCGCUUUUCAUGGAGACGAAGCGAUGCAUUCUGUACAUUAUUCGUGUGCAGACUGGCGCGAACCUCUUGGAGAUCCUCGUCAAGCCCAUCACUCCCGAGGAUGAACACAAGUGGGAAAUGCUGCUCCGCGAGGACUUUGCCAGCGCUUCCAACACCCGCGGCGCCUACUCGGACGCCAACAUGAUCGACGUGACGCGGAUGAGCUACGCGGACCUCAAGAGGAUCGCCCUGGAAAACGUGCUGCGGCUGGAACAGAUGGGCCGCAUCUCGCGCCACAACCAUUAUCAGGACGUCCUCAACGCCAUUGCCGUCGACAUCCGAACCAAGAGCCGGCGUAGAGUGCAGCGGCAGCGAGAGCUCGAGGGUGUCCGCCUGACGCUGGCCAAUCUGCACGAGAAGGCCAGGUAUCUCGAGCAGCAGCGGAAGAGUUACGACGACUAUAUUGAGCAAGCCAUGGCGACGCUGCAGAACAAGAAAGGCAAAAAACGUUUCCUCCUCCCCUUCACCAAGCAGUAUAACCACCAGCGCGAGCUCGAGCGCUCCGGGCGCGUGCCCAAGUUCGGCUCGUACAAGUACAGCGUGCGGGCGCUCUCGGACAAGGGCGUCGUCGUCUCGUGGAAGGGCAUCCCCGAGCGCGACUGGGGACAGAUCAACCUGACCAUCUCGUGCGACGAGGUCGGCGUCUUCAGCAUCGAGGGCAGCCGCGGCCACAUCCAGAUGCCCGGCGCCAGCGCGCUCGUGUCCAUCGAGGACCUGCUGCAGGCGCAGUUCGAGGCGCACCAGUUCAUGAACCUGUUCGAGGGCAACCUGAGGCUCAACGUCAACCUGCUGCUGCAUUUGCUGUACAAGAAAUUUUACCGCACCCAGUAGGCGGCGGGUUGUUGAUGGAGGUGAGAGGGCAUCAUCGAUCAUCGAGCAGCCCCCGGGGGGGUGGGGAAACAGAUGGGAAGAAUAGCCCUUCAGUCCCGCUCUCAUUAGAUAGUUUUUC